CCCACAUCAGCAGCAUCAGCUUCUUCCAGAAGUUUCCUCGCAAGGUUUCGAGUGCGGCAUACUGACACACUUACGCAAACGCGGACGGGCUAGGUGACAUUUUCGUCCUCGCCAGUGGGUCAAAGCUGAAAGUUGCUGUCGGGGGCUGUGACACUUUCUGGAGGACCACCCCGACGGCGAUCUGAACUACUGCCCGCUGCAGGGACAGCUGCGGCGGCGGGGUGAGACAGUGGAUCCCGGUAAUCUGUGCUUCGUUUUACACGAGGCAUGCUGGGUGUUUUGUCGACGUCAAACCGAAGCUUCGACAAAAGCAAUUGAAAGAAGUGCCGACCGGCCGGUGUGAUGGGUAAAGAUUAUUACAAAGUGCUGGGUAUAGCCAGGGGAGCAUCUGAAGAUGAGAUAAAAAAGGCGUACAGAAAACAGGCUCUGCGCUAUCACCCCGACAAGAAUAAGUCUCCUGGAGCUGAAGACAAAUUCAAGGAGAUCGCUGAAGCCUAUGACGUCCUCAGUGAUGCCAAGAAAAAGGACAUUUACGAUCGUUUUGGAGAAGAAGGAUUAAAGGGUUCAGCUGACACUGGAGGCAGAGGACAUGGCGGUCAAAGCUGCAACUACAGCUUCCACGGGGACCCUCACGCAAUCUUCGCUGAGUUCUUCGGUGGCCGCAGCCCAUUCGAUCACUUCUUCUUCCAGGACGGGGAAGACGACGUGGACAUCAACAACCCUUUCGCAACGUUUGGCAUGCCAGGAAUGGGCGGCAUGGGUGGGUUUCACCGGCCUUUCAAAACCCACCCGGCAGGAGUUCACCGAGCGCACGAGAAGAAGAAGGACCCGCCUGUGGUGCACGAGCUGAAGGUGAGCUUGGAAGAGGUGUUCUCGGGCUGCACGAAAAAGAUGAAGAUUUCUCGCAAGAGGCUCAAUCCGGACGGCUGCACCAUGCGCAGCGAAGAUAAGAUUUUAACGGUGGACAUUAAGCGUGGCUGGAAGGAGGGGACGAAAAUCACCUUUCCCAGGGAGGGGGAUGAGACUCCCACCAACAUUCCUGCAGAUGUGGUGUUUGUGGUCAAAGACAAACCUCACCCGGUGUUCAGAAGAGAGGGUUCAGAUAUUGUUUAUCCUGCAAAAAUAUCUCUUAGAGAGGCAUUGUGUGGCUGCACGGUCAAAGCUCCCACACUGGACGGCCGGACCAUCACUGUUACCUCUAGAGACAUUGUCAAACCCGGAACGAAAAAGCGAAUAAGCGGCGAGGGGCUGCCGCUGUCCAAGUUCCCGGAGAAGAGAGGUGACAUGAUCCUGGACUUCACUGUUAAAUUCCCAGACAAACUGGCCCAAAACACACGCGAUACACUCGAGCAGAUUCUUCCGCUGUGACAUGUUAUGACUCCAAAUCCUCAAAAAGUUAGCAUUUCCAGCGGCACUGUGCUGUGUACUACCUGGACUUUUGAGGGCAGAUUUGGGUUCAGUGGGGUUUAAUUUUACUUCCUGAACAACAAAUCCGUAUCCUUAACCCAGAAUCCAGCUUGUUAUUUAUUUAUUUUUUGGCUUUGAGUGAAGGAGACAAAGGCAGAAAGACAAACAGGUGUUCUUUAAAUGUUCAGUGAAUUGCAGCACUGGGAAACUUAUUUUAGUAACUGAGGAUUUGAUAACAUAGCAGAUCUUUGUGCGAGUGCUUUAGGUAACACACAGCCAGCUGCUUAACAAUACCUCCCUGAUGCAGGUGCACUGAUGCAUGAAUGUGGCUAAAACUUCAUUACUCAUAGGACAUGAUUUGGGUUUCCAUUAAGUAAAAUUGAGGCUUAGAUAUUGUGUGGGUCUCGAAAGGUGAAACCUUUUGAGAUAUCUGUAGCAGUAUUGGUCUUACUAGGAGUUUUGGCUUAAAUAGAGUUUUCUUUUUCAUUGAUAAAUAAAAUUCUGUGUUUUACUUGUUGUUUACACUAAGCUAUAAUGUAAAGCUUUGUGAAAAAUACACCUAAAGUGUUCUCAAGGCUGAAAACAGUAGAGCCCUAAUAGGACUGAUGCUCAGUACGACUCUUAUGGAGUGUGUGUAUAUAUAAAUAUAUAUAUACAUAUUAGUAUAUAAUGAGAUGAUAUUGUUUAUAAUUAUAAAACUGGCAGCCACAACUUUAAAUCCACUAAAAGGUGAAGUGAGACUUAACAUUCAUGUGGAUGUUAUUACAUGUAACACUCACUUUAAGCCCCUAUCAUGCAGGCCAAGAGGCCAGUUAGUGACCCAAAGGUCGCUAGGGAAAAAUGUGCAUUCCCAGUCUGGUUAGUGAGUGGUUGCUGGGUGAAGUUGGUUGCAAAGAGAUAUCACCUGCAGAUUGCCACGAUCACCCAAAGGGCCAGAGGUGAUGCUGACUUGUCUUCAAACACUUGCCAGCUGCUUGUUGAGCAGAAUGGAAAUGGAGUAAAAGUUGCACCUAUUGAAACAUAAUAGUUUUGUAGUAAAACACGAGUUUUGUUUUGGAGGUGAGUGCACUCCAUUUUUGGUUUGCGUUGCAAGUUUCACUACUGCUCCAUGGUUAGAUAGCGAAUGGUUGCAGGCAAAUUAGUGUCUUGUGUACAAGCAAUGGGCGAAAGCAGAAAUCUGAGCGUUGACAAGGAGGGUUUUGUGCAGCACAUUAAUUGUAGGUUAUUUCACCUAGCGACAGUCUGCACAAGCAGUCGGGGAUGACUGGGACUCAGCGGCCAGUCCCUCGGUCAUUACCAUUGCUGAAGCCCAAGCUCAACCACUUGUGGUCAGUCUUCUUCCCAAGGUGUCACAUCGGCCUCGAAACCCUUUAGGUUUCAGUUGAUCUUUGGAACGUGGCAGAGGCCUCGCUACGUAGAGGGUAUCUGACAGGUCAAAGGGGAGGUACCUGUGCACCUGAUUGGUGUAAGUACAUACACUACGCUAGGGGUAUAUUUAAAGAGAAGGUUAUGGGGUCAUUGUUUAUUAACUUUCCAGCAGGGCAUUUAAUAAAAUUAGUUACCAACGUACCAUGAAGACUUGACAAGUCUCCACACUACACUGUGCUCAUCUGUAAUGCUGCUCUGUUACGUGUGCUGCAGAUUAUUGUAAAAAUGGAGUGAGACUAUAAAUGAUCCCUGUUUAGUAUCAGAAAGCAUUAUAUCCCAAUGCUAUUAUAUCUGGAGAUAGGCCAAUUAACUUAUGCUACUACUACUAAUAAGAUGCACCUUGAUGGACCUCCAGUAUUUUCCAGAUUUUUAAUGCAGGACAACAAAGGCAUAGGGAGUUUUCUUUUCUGCAGUUGUAAAGAUGGCACAUGUUUACUUUUCCAAACUUGUGUUUAACCAGAAGUACACACAAAUUAUUGCUCAUGUAAAAUAUUUGUUGGAGAAAAAAAUGUGCCAAACAUUUGUCCCUAUCUUAUUGUAAUAUAUGUGUGUAAGUAUGUGUCUUAAAAUUUGCUGAGGACAUGUGUGUAUCCUGUCACAUGACGGAAAAUGAUCAAAACCUGACUGCAUUCAUACCCUGUUAAAAUGCACAGAGAAAUUGAUAUUUUAUACAGAAGUCAUGUAUUUGUGAUGGUUUAAUUCAUCCUUUUUGUUGUUCUACUGGUGUCUGUCUGAUUGCAGAUUGAAUCAAAAGCCAGUGUGUUUAUAAUUUCUUUUAUCCAACCUGUAAAAAUGAUCUGAAAUGUGCUGCCGUUAUAUUUCACAUCAAGAUGUGAAAAAGAAGUUUAACCUCCAGCUUUAAAGGCCUGCAACCUUUGAUCAUUCUGUCUUAUAUCACGAGUCUAUUGUGCCAGACAGCUUUCACUCUAGUGUGUACAGAAUCGGGUGUUGUGUAGUUUCACAGUUGGGUGACGAUCCUGAAGACACAGUUGAAGUCUUUGACUGUGAUGAUGAUGGAAGCUGGUGAAUAUUAGUAAUUUUAGUAUCAGUGUGACUGUCAGAGAAAAAUAAGUAAACCUCAUGAUAGUCAGGAACUGCCGCUUCGUCCUGCUUCUGCUUAAGUUUUCAACUUACACGCACACAUGGUGUAACGUGAAUGUAGAGAUGCGUAAUCUCUCUAAUUUCUCUAUUUUAUUUUAUUUUUUUUACAGAAUGAAUGAUUUCUUUUUUCUUUUUUGUUUACCUCAUUUAUGUUUUGAAAUUUCUCAGGUUGGGAUUCAGAAGCCUUUGAUUUUUAACAACAAAAGUUUUAUGAAUUGAUAAUAGGAAAUAUGGAAAUUUCUACUUGGCCUUUCCUAUGCUGUGAUGAUUAGCAUUUCCACAAUAAAGAAACUGGCAAACCAAA